AGAUCAUCUCUUUUGCCUUUUCCUGUCAAUCUUGUUUACGCUCUCUCGCUCGCGGCCUCUCUCUCGAGGUUGACUUGGAUCAUCAUCGUUCCGGACUUCGAGCGAUAUUCACUCACCUUUUUUGCUCAAUUCUCCGUGCGUUCCACAUAUGGUAGAUGAACGCCUUCCGUUUCGGGCCCAGUUGCGUUUGUAGUAAUCACUCAGGAUACGGCUGACAUCUCUGGGCACUGAGUUGGUAAGUUAGCUUCCAAAUCGCCAGCCAAGGUAAUGAAGUAGUGUCCAGAAAUGCACCCGCUGGGAUAAUAAUUCGUGGAUUGGCAAGAUCAUGCUCGCCUAUGCUGCUGUAUCUAGACGGCCAUGGGGGACGCGAGGAAUCAUUGUUCGUCUUAGUAUCACUCUAAGCAUUUCCUAAGACACGUGUGUCCGUUUUGUGCUUUCUAGGAUAUCGUCUUCUUCUGGAAGAUGAAGCUGCCAACCGAUGUAAGUCUCCCUCCCUGUCGGCUCUCAAUAAGUCACCUCUCCUUUCGUGUAAUCUGAUGCUGCUUAUUGGACUGGGAGCCUGAUUUUGUUCUACCUAUGCUUUUUAGUUAUCUUUUCUGCGGGAACCGAAGAGGAACAUAUUGUCUCUGUGCUACUUUGUGUUCUUGCUGUCCGCUGCUGUCCUGAUUGGUGGAGCAUUUGUCACGAAAGAUUAUCCACAGCUUUCUUCAUUCCAAAACCCUUAUUUUCUGGCAUGUCGCCUCGAGAAUCCUCUAAGUUCUCACGAAAAGUUUCCUCGUUCAAUUUGGUGAAUUAGCUAGAUAUGCCAAUGGCAUUGUGGCAUCAACUAAGGCUUUUCUUUUGCAGAAGUUUCUCGGAUUGCAAACUGUUAAAAAUCAGCAGAAUGUGACAUCCCAGCAGAAUACACCGUGCAAACCUCGUGGCAGUGAGAUGCUACCCAAAGGCAUUGUUUCAAGCACUUCGGAUCUAAAAUUGCGACCCUUAUGGGGCUCACAUGAUACAAAGAGCUCAAACUCAACGAACUUACUGGCCAUUUCAGCUGGAAUAAAGCAAAAAGAUAACGUAGACAAGAUUGUCAAGAAGUUUCUAUCAAGUGAUUUCCACGUGAUGAUUUUUCAUUAUGAUGGGAAUGUGGACGGAUGGAGGGACACCGAAUGGAGCGAUCAUGCUAUUCAUGUGUCUGCUAUCAAACAAACCAAGUGGUGGUUUGCAAAGCGUUUUCUACAUCCAGACAUCGUUUCUGAAUACGCCUACAUCUUCCUUUGGGAUGAGGAUCUUGGAGUGGAAAAUUUCCAUGUCGGAAGAUAUCUUUCGAUUAUCAAAGAAGAAGGGCUUGAAAUAUCGCAACCGGCACUUGACCCGAAUAAAUCAGAGAUUCAUCAUCAAAUCACUGAACGAGAUACAAAAUCAAAAGUACACAGGAGGAUCUUCAGACAGAUGGGUGGAGGAUUUACGUGCAAUGAAAACAGUACAAGCCCUCCAUGCACAGGGUGGGUGGAAAUUAUGGCUCCUGUUUUCUCACGAGCAUCAUGGCGCUGUGUGUGGCAUAUGAUUCAGAAUGACUUAAAUCAUGCAUGGGGAUUGGAUUUUCAGCUUGGCUACUGUGCUCAGGGUGAUCGAAUGGAAAAGAUUGGGGUCGUGGAUUCCGAGUACUUAGUUCAUUCUGGAUUUGUUACGCUCGGGAGUGUGGUAAGGAAAAAGAUUAGAAAUGAGUCCUUUGCUCAGUGGAAGAUCUUCCAGCACAGAUGGAGAAAAUCAGUUGAGGACGAUCACUGUUGGACUGAUCCAUAUUAAGCAGGAUAAAAAGGCUACAUGAAAGCAUUUCCAGCUCCCUCGCCGAGACGAACUGUAACAUUUUUGGAAAAUCUACUGAGGUAUUGCCUCAUGAGUUACAAAAGGUGGUAAUUGAUGCCAUUCAUCUCUCUGCAACAGUACUAGCAUACAGCAUGUGUUUCUCAAUGCCGAGAAAAGAGGAGCUACUCAACCUGUUCUUUUCACAAAGUUUUGUAUAUGGAGAAUCAGAUCCUCGAGUUCUCUAACUCUUGAGUUCAACGUUAUUUCAACCUCAGUUAUACAUUGAAGAGAACCUUGGAGUCCCACUAUAUUAUUGAAUGUAGCAGUUAUGAUAGUGAUACAUGUUACCGGAAAAAAUUACAGAAAUGAACCUUCUAA